AUGGAACAUUGUUCUCAAAAACACAAUUCAAAUAGUUGGACACAAUCAAAAAUUAUUCGUAUAUUUCAGUUUCGAAAACAUGUUAAAGAAUUAACCAAUGUAUGUAAAAAGAUCAAUAAAGAUCCGUGUCAUGAAUUCGUAUCAUCAAAGCAGACAUCUGCGAGUACCGAUACAUUACCAACUAAAAAAAAAGAGUGUUCAUCAAAACCCAAAUUACAAACAUUACGAACAAAAAUUAAUGAUUGUAAAAAACGUAGUAAAAGUGCUUGCCGUUUAUCAACAAGAAUUCGUCCAGAAACAGAAACAAAAUCUACUGGAAACUAUAUUAAAAAAACCCAACAUCAAGGUUCAUUUCGAAAAAUUCAUGUCUUAUCAACUAUUACCAAAGAAGAUUUGAAUACAAGUACAUUAGCAACAGAAUUGAAUCCAACAUUAUCGGAAAAAUGUGGAGGAUUUUAUAGAGAAUUAACACUAGCAACAAGACAAUGUCCGGCAAUGUUAGAUAUGUUGGUAACACAAUCAUAUAAACCGCUACAUCCUAAAUUCAAAGAAACAAUUGCCGUUACCAAAGGUAUGAUAGUCAAAGCAUUAUUUGCAACGUCGAAUUGGGUAUGGAUUGAGACAUUAUGUAAAAAACAAGGUUUCGUACCACUUUAUUGUCUUUUACCGAAUUCUUGUUCUACUGCUACAGAUGAAGUAUACAUUGAACCUUCUCAAAUAUCAUGCCAAACAAAUGAGAAAAAGUCAGAUGACGAUAGGAAAAGUGCUCCAGUACCCUGGUGUUCUUCGUUGUCGUUACCCUCCACCAAUUAUAAUUCACAAAAUAAUCUUAGUUUACUGAAUGUUAGUACGGCGGCUAAUGGUUAUGAUGAGCAAGGUUUAUUGUGUGAAUAUUCGACUAACAAUCAUCAGACAAAGACAACAAACACUAAUUAUUACAAUCAUGGACGUUUCAAUCAACAACAAUCGGCUACGUUGUCUAAUUCCUCUCACCAUCGACCGCGUUUAUCUAUUAAUAAUCGUUGUUACAAUACAUUAUCGAAAUUACCAUCAAAUUCUAAUGAAACAAAAGGUUUAUUUGUUUCAGCCAUCGGUCCAUGUUCUUACAACGAUGAAUCAGAUUAUUGUCGGCGGUUUUUUAAUAAAAAUGGUUCCUAUUUAACGACCCCUCGUAAUACUAUCAAAGAUGAAUCAAUGUUAUCUCGACAAAUUUCUAAUAUUUCACUCGAUCCGUAUGAUACAUCAUUGAAUAUGACACCUUCAAUACUGAAUAGAAAAAGUUUAUCGAUAAGUACAUUUGAACAAUUUGCGAAAAGAAAUCUCACAGUGACAAAUCAAAUAAAUACCAAUAACAAUCAAGAAUCAUAUUCUUUAAACUGUCGUCUACGUGUUAUCGAUAAUUAUCAGCCAACAUUUCACGGUGAUGUCAGUGUUCUAGAUGGAGAAGUUGUCACAUUAAUUGAAAAAAGUCCAAGAAAUCAGAAUUUAACAGAUUGGUUAUUUGUACGUCGUGGUGAUGGAAAAACAGGUUAUGUGCCAAAACAAAUUAUUUUACUAGAUAAACCGUACUAUAAAUAA